AUGGGCUACUUCCUGCGCCUGCUGCAGCUGCUCUCCACCUCUGUGGCCGUCUCACUAGUGGCCACCAUGGGCAGCUGGACAGUGGCCACUCGUAACUUUUCCAUUUUUAUCUUGUGCUUCUGCUUCGUCGUGACCCUCAUCGUCCUCAUAGUCGAGUUACUUGAGCUACAGUCCCACUUCCCCUUCCCUUGGGGCAACUUUCUCAUCAGCUAUGCCUGCUACUUCGCCCUCUUCUGCCUCUCGGUCUCCAUCAUUUACCCCACUACCUACGUCCAGUUUUUACCUUACGACCCUUCCCGGGACCACGGCAUUGCUGCUACUGCAUUCUGCUGCAUUUCUACUGUGGCUUAUGCCACCGAAGCAAUCUGGAUCUGGGGCUGGCCCCGGACUGGUGACUUCACCGGCUACAUGGGCAGCUUGCCAGGCCUACUCAAGGUCCUGGAGACAUGGGUGGCCUGUGUCAUCUUCGUCUUCAUCAGCAACACCUCCUUGUACCUGGACCACCCGUUCCCGGUGUGGUGCGUGGCCGUGUACUCCACCUGCUUCAUCCUGGGGGUCGUGACCCUCCUGCUGAACCUGCUCAACUAUGAGAACAGGCUGCCCAUCUCCUUUCCCAUUUUGCAUUUGAGACUGAGCCUGCUCUCCGCUCUCCUGUACAUCAGCGCUCUGGUCCUCUGGCCUCUCUACCAGUUCAACGAAAAGUUCGGUGGCCAGCCUCAGCGGUCCAGGGAUGUGAGCUGUCAGCACAGACUUACCCACUAUGUGUGCACCUGGGACCAGCGACUGGCGGUGACCAUCUUGACAGCCAUCAACCUGCUGCUGUACGUGGCCGACCUGGUGAUCGCGGCCCUCCAGGUUUCUGUAGGGACUGAGACUCUGCCCAGAGCUCCAGAUCCCCUCUACUGA